AUGUUAAAGACAAACUAUACAAUGGUGACUGAGUUUAUUCUCCUGGGACUGACAGACCGAGCUGAGUUGCAACCUGUCUUCUUUGUGGUGUUCUUACUCAUCUAUCUUGUCACAGUCAGCGGCAAUGUGAGCAUGAUUUUGUUAAUCAGAAGUGACUCGAAACUACACACUCCAAUGUACUUCUUCCUGAGUCACCUCUCCUUUGUCGAUCUGUGUUAUGCCACCAAUGUCACUCCUCAGAUGCUGGUUAAUUUCUUAUCCAAGAGAAAAACCAUUUCCUUCAUUGGCUGUUUUAUACAGUUUCACUUUUUUAUUUCCCUGGUGAUCACAGACUAUUAUAUGCUCACAGUGAUGGCUUAUGACCGCUACAUGGCCAUCUGCAAGCCUUUGCUUUAUGGUAGCAAAAUGUCCAGACGUGUCUGCCUCUCUCUCGUGGCUGCUCCUUACAUUUACGGCUUUGCAAAUGGUCUGGCACAAACCAUCCUGAUGCUCCGUCUGUCCUUCUGUGGACCCAAUGAGAUCAACCACUUUUACUGUGCAGACCCACCUCUCAUGGUCCUCGCCUGCUCAGACACCUAUGUCAAAGAGACCGCCAUGUUUGUGGUGGCUGGUUCCAACCUCACCUGCUCCCUCACCAUCAUCCUCAUCUCCUACAUCUUCAUCUUCACAGCCAUCUUGCGCAUCCGCUCUGCUGAGGGCAGGAGCAAGGCCUUCUCCACCUGUGGUUCCCACAUGUUGGCUGUCACCCUGUUCUAUGGGACACUCUUCUGCAUGUAUGUAAGACCACCAACAGAUAAGACCGUGGAGGAAUCCAAAAUAAUAUCUGUCUUCUAUACCUUUGUCAGUCCAGUGCUUAAUCCACUCAUCUACAGUCUGCGGAACAGAGAUGUUAAGCAGGCUUUCAAGAAUGUGUUAAGACGAAAUAUAAUCACUACUGUGACAUCACCUUCACUUUCCAAUAAAGCAUAA